UCUUUCACAGCUAAGGUGGAUAAAAAGCCCUGAAGGGUCUCCUUAGCUCCAGAAAGAGCUGAAACCCCCUGGGCAGCUUCAGAGCAGGAGAAAGGAGUGCCCUCUGCUUCUCGACAGAGAGCCCAGCCACCAUGAUGAUGUCCUUCAAAGUCCUCUCUCUGCUCCUGGCCUCGCUGGGCUUCGUGAUGAUGGAGGAGAACGUCUCCGGCGUCAGCCUAAGGGCUCCCAGCGCCAGACCGCUGCAGAGACGCUACUCGGAGGCCACCUUGGCAAGCGAUUACAGCCGCACGAUGGACAACAUGCUGAAGAAGAACUUCGUGGAGUGGCUGCUAACCAGGCGGGAGAAGAAAAGCGACAACGUCGUGGAGUCGUACAAGAGGGAAGCUGAGCCCCAGGCACCAGCUGCGAGCGGUCAGAGGUUGGACCUGGGCACGCAGGAAGCCAAAGAGUUCUUCGCCUGGCUUCUGAAAGCCAAGAAAAAUCAGAGCUUUACUUGUCCAGAAGGCUUGAAGGAUGUUUUGAACCAGGAGUUCCUGGCAUGGCUGAUGUUGACUGAUCUCUGCAGACCAACGGCUUUGUAACUCCAGGACCUUCUCCAGGGGUUCCAUCCCUACCCUACCAAGACAGAAGAGGAGGAGGAAGGUGUCUCAUACACACUCAGUUCUCUGCAUGUUCUCUGUUUUACUUAGUGUAAUAAAGAGUUUAUUCUGAAGGUGAAA